AUGGACAUGAGUACAUUUACCGAUUACGUUACCAAGACAGUUCAACAGGUAUACGACAAAGGAAGAGGUGUGUUAGAACAUUAUGGCAUUGUUGAAAAGCCUGUUCAGCCAAACACUCACGAUCCAAUUCGUAAUUUCAUUGGCAAUCAUCCAUAUAUUACUACAAGUAUUGUAUCACUUGCUGUGAGCUCCUCUGUCAAGUUUAUACUUCGUCAAUUGAGAAAGAGAGUAUCUCCUCAUACAGUUCUUGAAAUUGAUUUGGAGGAUUUAGAAUUUACAGCACAACCUGUGACUCCAUCCCUCGCAGCAUUGUUCUCUCAAGGAAAAACAAAGAUGCAUUACUUGACAUUUGUGGAUGUAUUGAAGGUUGCUAAACAGAAUCCAAAUAUUGUUGGUCUUGUUGUCUAUUUCCAAGGAUCAUCACACAAUCCAUUUUCUGGAUUAGCACUUGCUCAUUUGAGCGAAAUGAGAAAGGCCUUGUUUGAUUUCAAACAACACAAAACAACUAUUGCCCAUACACAUUUCUUCAGCAAUACUGUAAAUUAUUACUUUGCAUCUGCUUGUGAAAAGAUUUAUAUUGGAGAUCAAGGACUUACAGUUUUGAAUGGAUUCCAACUUCGUAAUUUCUUUUUGAAACAACUUUUGGAUAAGGCUGAAAUUGAACCAUAUGUUGUGAAGAGAGCAGAAUACAAAUUAGCUAUGAAUACAUUCACAGAAUCCAAAUAUUCUGAGCAACACAAGGAGCAAGUUGAAACUUUGGCUAAGGACCUUUUGACACAAUUAUUAAGGACAUCUCAGAAACAAGAGAAAAGAACGCUACUUCAGUUCGUGAAUGGUUUGAUAUUGGUGUUUUUGGAGCAUCUGCUGCUGUUGAGCACAAAGUGGUAG